CCGCCAUUGCUUCUUGUAACGUGUCCGAUGGAAUGUACUCGCCGAUGGGAUGGGAAUGCCGGAUUAUCCAACCGCCGAAGCUUGCCUCGCCUGGAGCGCCGGAGCAAUGCCCUAGACAAAUGCCCUAACAUGUGGAGCACCCAUCUUCGCGAAAAUGUGCCGAAUGUCAACCGCGAGUGGUUUGGCAGAUAUUCGCCCUCGUCGCAAGUGCACACUUUCGCUCAUUCCUGCGAUCCUGCCCUACCCAUUUCCGCAAACUGAUGCCUGCAGGAGGAGGUCAACGUGGCUGUAGAGAUUGUACCGUGAAGUGAACUUUGCAGAACAUUUCCCAGGCAAUUUCGGGGCAAUGUUGAGGUCGAAAUCAAAUAUUGAACGACAAACUGUGUUCCAGUUUACUUGUGAGCACUCGCAUCAGGCUGGCCUUUCUCAAUGAUGCCCGAUGAAGACAAGGACAAGUCAGAGGAUGUGGUGCUCGAAAGCAUACUUGCAACUCAAUCACGAGCUGGAGGUGUCACACCAACCCCAGAUGAAUAUUCUACCCCAAAUGUUUCUGGAGAACCCUCCGAACCAGUCUUAUCUGAGGCGGAACUCUCAGGACAGCCAAGUGGUAACGUGGUCAUCGAAAGCACAACCGCAGCUCAGACAGGAGCAGCAAGUGUUACAGCAACCACAGAUGAUAAUUCCGCUCCAACUGGACAACCUGACGAAACAAGCAUCUCGGGAGCGAAACUCUCAGGACUUCCAAGUUGUAAUGUGAUGCUCGAUAGCACAAUCGCGACUCAGAUAACAGCAAGGAGUGUCACAGCAAGCACAAAUGAAAACCCCAUUCCAAUUGUUUCCGGAGAACCUUCCGAAACAAGCGUCUCUGAGGCGGAAACCUCAGGACAGUGCAGCCGAAAUGCUGAACUCUCAUCUCCUAUUUCGGAAUCUACACGCAGAAAGUCACGACGAUCCAUUUCCAGUUCACCAGACGAGACGAGCUUGGCUCAGACAAAUCUGCACCAUCACAGAGUUGCCGCGGUUGGCUUCAAGUUUGUUUCUGAGGAGAUAUUAUUAGCUAAUGAGAGAAAUGCCUCCGAAGCAUGCUGUGGUGAACGACACUCUGCAGGAGCAGAAAGCGACAUAGAGAGUAGAGCAGUUUCACGGUUCAGAUCACUGUCCUCCAGAUUCUUCAAGAAGGCUUUUCCAGAAUCACCGAAGGCAAACACUUUUCGGGAAACCUUGUUUUUAGCAUUCCGAACGCUGGGAGUUGUAUACGGUGACCUCGGCACAUCGCCUCUGUAUGUUUACCCAACAAUCAAUGUGACGAACCCGACUGAAUCGGAUUUUUUAGGGAUCUUAAGCCUCAUAUUCUGGACUCUUACCUUGAUCGGAAUUCUGAAAUACACCUUGAUUGUUCUCCGGGCUGACGAUCAUGGAGAAGGUGGCACAUUUGCCGUUUACUCGCUGCUAUGCCAGCAUGCCAAUAUAGGUCAGGAUGCCGGUGAUGACAACCAAGAAAUGUCUGGCCCAAGACGUUCUCAACUUUCCGAACAUGCGGCUUCAACAAAGCAGAACCGUACCAAACGUUUUCUUGAAGGCAGCGUGGCAGCUCAAAGAGUUUUACUCUUCGUGGUCAUGAUGGGGACCUGCAUGUUAGUGGGCGACGGCAUUUUAACCCCUGCCAUAUCUGUGUUGUCAGCCAUUGAAGGGAUUCAAACAGCUGCUCCGAGCCUCAACAGAGCUGUGGUUGUGGUUGUAUCUGCAGUUAUCCUUGUUGUGCUGUUUGCCUGCCAAAGAUUUGGCACACAUCGAGUUAGCUCGGUGUUCUCACCCAUAAUGGCCCUUUGGCUGAUAACAACUCCUAUUGUUGCUGCAUACAACAUCGCAAUCUACUAUCCGGGGAUUUUCAAAGCCUUCUCGCCUGCUCACAUCUACUACUUUUUCAAGCAGAACAAGAAAAAUGCUUGGUUGAUGCUCGGUGGCACGAUACUGUGUAUUACAGGAGCGGAGGCCAUGUAUGCGGACAUGGGUCAUUUCGAUAAACGUUCAAUUCAAUUGGCAUUUACGACGAUGGUGUACCCAUCCGUUCUGGUAACAUAUGCUGGCCAGACUGCUUAUCUCAUUAAGCAUCCAGAGGAUCAUCGCGAGGGAUUUUUCAAAAUGGUCCCAAAGAAGGUGUACUGGCCUGUUUUUGUGGUUGCAACCCUCGCGGCUAUCGUGGCCAGCCAAGGACUCAUCUCCGCUACUUUCUCUAUCAUAAAGCAAUCUACGGCUUUGCAUUAUUUCCCCCGAGUGAAGUUGGUGCACACAUCAGAAAAUAAAGAGGGCCAGAUUUAUUCACCUGAGGUCAACUAUGUUCUCAUGGUUUUAUGCCUUGCUGUGGUAUUCGGAUUUCGUAAAUCAGGUGAUAUUGGUAAUGCGUUCGGUGUGGCUGUUGUGGCGGUGAUGUUGAUAACGACCUGCCUCAUAAGUUUGGUGAUGCUCGUAAUAUGGCAAACUCCAGUGUUCUUAGUACUCCCCUUUUUUCUGCUCUUCAUCGUUGUAGAAGGUACGUACAUGAGUGCUGUUGUGACGAAGGUACCACAAGGUGGCUGGCUCCCAUUUGCGGUCUCACUCAUUGUCACCCUCAUCAUGUUUUCGUGGAAUAUGGGCUGCCAAACAAAGGUCCACUACGAGAUGAGAAAUAAGAUUACCAAAGAAAAAUUAGGAGAGCUACUAGCUCACGGAGGUAGUGCGCGAGUACCAGGUAUUUGUUUCUUCUACACAAAUUUACUGCAUGGAGUGCCUCCGAUAAUUGGUCACUACGUGAGAAACGUGCGCUCCUUACAUCGCGUGCUGGUGUUCACCACCAUACGUUGGAUGCCCGUGAGGAGAGUGUUGCCAGCCGAACGAUUCCUCGUGGGAAGAGUUGGCUUUUCUGGAGUUUACCGAUGUGUGGCUCGAUACGGGUACAGAGAUGUGCUACAAAUGCAGAACGACGAAUUUGUCGACCAGUUUGUGGCAACGUUAAGUGAGUAUAUCAUGGCCACGGAACAAACAAAUCAUGCAGCACUUCCUCAGUCACUUCAAGACAACACGCUAUCUCCUCUCACCAUCGCCUCUGAGAUUGCAGAUUUGAACCAGGCUAAGACCGACGGCCCCGUUUACGUUCUAGGAAGAAGCGAAUUGACAGUAAGUAGGAAAACAAGGAUGGCAACACGGAUUUUCGUAGGUGUGUUCUACAGAUUUUUGGAGGCCAAUUGCAGAUCUGAAGUUUCUACUAUGGACAUUCCUUAUGCUCAAUAUCUGGAGCUGGGCAUGUUAUACGAUAUAAUUUGAAGUAUUAUUUCAAGCUUGAUUGUCCUCGAACGAAGCGCUGCAUUAUUUUCCAUGGCAGUUUUUUGCUCACUCGCUGUCAUGAAGAAGAAGCCCCCGAUUUACAGGCCUGAGCAAGCUAGCAAGUAAACAAUGUACUUUCGUUUGAGCUUGCAUGUGAUGCAUUAUCUUACGAAAUGGCGAAGGUGGGUAAAUCUGGUCACGCAAAGUUACUAGCUAGCUGACCUAUCUACUAUUUAAUUAUGUUGUAACUAUGGUGAUUGCCUGAGAUUCCAGCGGGACGGCAGAGAGGCCCGGUCCAGGAGGAGAAAUACGUGGGAGGCGCAAUUUCUAGCUUAUAAACUGACUAGGUGACAGCCAAAUGCCAUUCUCGACAAAACAAAUACAGGAAACUAGAUGGUCUGGAUUCGAGCCCUUCAGAGUCAGGAAAAGUGGUCUCAAGUCAGAUGUUGUAAAAGUAAACUUGGGCAUUGGCAUGCCUCCAUUAUUUGGAAAAUGUGUGGGUCCCCAAAACCAGUCACUCACAUCGAUCUCAUAGGGAGGGUCUGAAAGUGCAGCCUCUGAGAUAGACAGCCAGAGGCGGCGGCUCCCGUAUCAUCCGUAAAUGAGAGGUCAUUCUAUCUCGUCUUUUUGACAUUGUACUUCGACACCGCGGGGAAGCUGAGAGAGUACCAUUUGGUUGGUUGGUUGCGCCUCUCUGCACUCAAAGAUCAUCUAAUCGAGGUCUACUUGUGUGUACCGUACCAGAAGGCCAAAGCCCAAAACUCUGGCACCAGAAUAAAUAGGUCUAGAAUCUACUCGUACAGCCACUUAUCGGUCUCCUUCUUGUAAGACAGAAUCUCUUCCGGCUUGAACCACAGAGCGAUCUCAUCCUUGGCAGUCUCCGGUCCAUCGCUGCCAUGGAUAAUGUUCCUGCAAUGCAAUGGUGUCCACAGCG